AUGGUCUCCAAGAUCUUCUGCGCCAUCGGCGCUGUUCUCGCCCAGCUCGCCCAUGGCGCCGUGAUUGUUCCCAUCGCCAACUACGCCGUCAACGAGGUCGAGUGGAAUCUUCCCAUCGAUCCUAACGUUCCCACCGGCCCACGCGAGGUCGUCACCGGCACAGUCCAGGAGGCCAUCGCCAAGAUGGAGAUCUCCCACCCCGGCUGGACCCAGAACUUCACCGCUGGCAUGAACCUCACCGAUCCAGACACCGACCCCGCCUCCUCACCCUGGCUACCCAGGACGAGCGCGAGUCCACCCACUGCGAUUUCGACUCGGGCAAGUGCAAGGUUUCCGCUCAGGACUUCUUCAAGGGAAGCUGGAACGUCUAUGUCACUGGUGACAACUGCUAGACGAAUCAACACGGCAACGCAUGUUCGCUUGUUGAUCGAGCCGCAGAACGCAGAGGCGGUUAGAUGGGGUCUCAUUGGCUGA